AUGUCAUAUCCUCCGCCUCCAGGCUCAGGUUACCAACCUUCUCCUCCUGCCUCAUUACCUCCCCGACCACCGCAGUCAACGUUCAAUCCUGCCCCAGCCUUCAAGCCGGCGACGACCACCUCCUCCAAACCUGCUUUCACAGCAUUCGCCCCGCGAUCCGUGGCAACGAGCAGCUUGCGCACAAGCAGCCCAGCUCCGUACUCAGCCCCCCAAUAUCCGCAGCAGUCACCGUAUGACAAUUCGUACUCUGGCGCCCCUCAGAUCCGCAACCCCUUCGUUCCUCCUGCAGAUGCCUCUUCGGCGGCGAGCGGCUUCCCGCCGGGCUACGACCCCGAUUAUGAGGCACAAAUUCAACAGUGGCAGAGCGCUUAUGUGAACAAAGAUGGCACUACCCCGUCUACUUCACUACCAAAACCGGCCACUACACAAAGCCUGCCCACCAAACCAGACACCGCCAAAAAAGAGGAUACUCCGAAGACUGUCCAACGCUCAGGAGGAGGCUCUUCAUGGACGGAUCAAACUUUGCUCGAGUGGGACCCAGCACACUUUCGUAUCUUCGUGGGCAAUCUUGCAGGCGAGGUAACUGACGAGUCACUACUCAAGGCUUUCUCUCAAUAUCCUUCCGUUCAGAAAGCAAGAGUCAUUCGCGAAAAACGCACUACAAAGUCCAAAGGUUACGGCUUUGUAAGUUUUUCAGACGGAGAUGAUUACUUUCGUGCUGCCAGAGACAUGAACGGCAAGUACGUGGGAAGUCAUCCAAUCGUGGUCAAGAAGGCGGUCACAGAUGUGCGUCCUACACAAAAACAGAAUAAGGGCAAGGGAGGAGCUGGCGGGCAUGGCAAGGUUCAACAUGGUGGUGUGAACAAGAAGCAGCCGAAGACGAAGGGAGGAUUAAAGGUUUUGGGCUGA